AUGGAUUACAUACUAUCUGGAGUUCAGCUGUGUAUUUCAAAUAGUAUGAAUCACCUUCUGCUGGCCACUUAUGCUGAGGGAGAAAUUCUUGAGGCGCUUAAAGGGAUGGUACUAACAAAAGCUUCGGGUGCUGAUGGUUUCCCGGCAAUUUUCUACCAAAAGUACUGGCAUAUCGUUGGUAAGGAAACUUGUGAGUUCUGUCUAGACAUUCUGAAUAAUGGUCAUUCUUUGGAAGAUAUCAAUAGGACUCAAUUGGUGCUGAUUCCAAAAACUGCUAAUCCUUCCAAUUUGAAAAACUAUCGCCCUAUCAGUUUGUGUACUGUUAUUUACAAGAUUAUUGCCAAAACUGUGGCUAACCGACUUCAAAAAGUAUUGGAUGGGUGUAUAGACGAUGCGCAAAGCGCGUUUGUUCCUGGCCGACUUAUUUCAGAUAAUGUUCUACUUGCUUAUGAAGUUCUUCACUCUUUUAAAAACAAAAAGUCUGGCAAGAAAGGUUCUAUGGCUCUAAAACUGGACAUGAGUAAGGCCUAUGACAGAGUGGAAUGGCCUUCGAUUAGAGGAAUGAUGGCUAAUAUGGGUUUUGAAGACAGGUUUAUUAGUCUUAUCCUCCAUUGUGUGAAUUCUGUCCAGUACUCGAUUUUAAUUAAUGGAGAGGAAGGGUCUAACUUCAGAGCUUCUAGAGGUUUGCGUCAAGGGGAUCCGUUGAGUCCCUAUUUGUUUCUUUUUUGUGGAGAAAGGCUUUCUGCCUUAAUGAGACUAGCAAGCCAAGAAGGAAAAAUUUUUUGUGCUAAAGUCUGUCGAUCAGCCCCACCUAUCACCCAUCUCAUGUUCGCAGAUGACUGUAUUUUGUUUGGAGAAGUUUCAAGAAGGGGGAUUUGUGUGUUGAAAGAUAUUCUUGAAGAGUAUGAAGCUUGCUCGGGGCAGUGUAUUCUUAAUUUGCGGUGUUCGACGAAUCCUGAGAGAUACCUUGGUCUUCCUAAUGUGGGUUGUCGUUUAUUACGUAAUCCUAAUUCUUUACUGGCACGUACUUUGAAAGCCAAAUAUUUUAAAGAGUCUGAUUUCUUAAACUCAAGGUUAGGGAAUUUACCUUCUUUUACCUGGCAGAGUAUUUGGGCGGCCAAGGGAUUACUUCUGAAGGGUUUGGGCUGGAGGAUUGGAAAUGGCAAACAUGUCUCUAUUUGGGAAGACGCUUGGAUCCUUGGUAAUGAGGAUUUCAAAAUUCAGCAUACAAAUGUUAAUAUGAGCAUAUUAAAAGUUGCUGAUUUAAUUGAGGCAAAUGGUAGAAAAUGGAAUUCUGAGUUAAUCUGUAAUACCUUCUCGGAGCAGGAAGUGGAACGAAUUCUAUACAUUCCUUUGUCUUUGUAUGAGCAUGAGGACUUUGUUAUUUGGCGGGGUGAGCCGACUGGAGAAUAUUCGGUGCAGAGUGGAAAUAAAUUUAUCCAUGAAGGUGAAGUUAAAACGGGUUCUCAAAUUACUGUUUUUGUUAAAAAGUUUAUGCUGGAACUGGAUGGGCUGAAAUUGUUCAUACCUGUUGAACGUCUCUGUAUAGGAAGUUGGAUUAUUGGUUCUAAAAUAGUAAUGAACUCGAACAUACCAUCCGCCUUUGCUGCAGAAGCGGUGGCGUGCCUUCAUGCGCUGCAACUUGGUUUACAUCUUGGCUUGAAGGAGGUGGAGAUCGAGGGUGACUCCUGGACAACUUGUGUUUUCCUUUUCACAAAUAGGGAUGCUAAUGAGGUUGCACAUCUCAUUACUUCAGAAGGAAUAAGAAGGAGAGAGUCAACUUAUCUGGCGAAUCAGGUAUUUUCUGGCGCGGUGGAGACGGUGGCUGAGGAUCGAAGGAGGACAGAGAGCAUGAGGGACUUGAGGAGUCGGAGGAGAGGUGAAGAAGAUGGAAAUGUUUCGUUGAAUCUAUUUGUAGAAGAUUUUUCAAGAAGGAGGGAGUAA